AAACGUUUUGCGUGUCCAGCUGACAAGAAUGUGAGGUAAGUUUUAUCUUACAUCCUGGGUGCGUCUGUCACUGUGUGCAAAAAUCACACAUGACAACUGCAUGUGCCUUCAUAGUUGCCACCAGCUGAAAAACUGGUUCUAUGAUAAGCAGACAGCACCACAUAGCUGGGAAAGAAUGAGCAAGAGAGAGAGAAAGAGGUGGGAGGGAAAGCAACAUUGGGUGUCUUAUGGGACAGAUAAAAGAGGACACCAUAAAAUCUGUCAGUGAAACAUCCUAAGUCUGCCAGGUAGUUGAAACUUUCGACAAGCACAAUUCUUCACCCACUGCUUCUGACACAAGUGUAUAGUCUUGGAUAAAGGAAUUCUCUUUUAAAUAAAAGGCCUGUCCAACCCGAACCCUGACAGGCCACACAAGGAGCACAAGGAAUGAAUGGAGUCUUUGAUAAUCAUGACUGUAAUAUUGUCCUGUUAGGAUUCCAGAGGGAUAUUUAUCAUAGGAGAAUACUUUACCUACACAGAGGUCUUUUGUUUGAGGUUCUUUCCCAUAAAACUGAGCAGGUCACAGAAUCAUGUUGCAGGACAAUCUUUUGAUGCUGGCUAUUACAUGCUCUUGUUCAGACUUAACAGAGAAACAGAUUCAUUUCAAAUAAUUUUCAAAGCCUUGGUAACAGGUUUAGAUAAGUGUGUAACUGACAGUGACAUGCUACGUAAUUACCAUAACAGCUCUGAGAAUAUGCAUGCCACUGCCAUGACAGCAUUAAGUCAAAUGACAUCAAGUAUUUUGGAAGCUGACAGCUAUCAACAACAUUCACAUGAAUGUUUUGCAUUUCUGUAUGUCGAUAGUCAUAAUACCCUAUUGUCCUGUGAGAACUUAUCCAUGCUGCCUUUUGCCACCAGAUGUCCUCAUUUGUACCUUUUGUGUUUUACUUGUAUUUUGCCUUGGGAAUGAUUGUUGCCCCUGGUCUUGUACUUAAGUGUUUUCAUCAAUGCUUUGUUGAUUGGUUGGGGUAUUUAUAGAACUUUAAUUCCUUUUCUCUUUGCUGAGUAGUACAGUCUUCAACCCAUUGUAAGUUAGGUUGCUUGCCUAGUUAAGAAAGUCAUUUUCAAGCUUUCCCCCUGUGAAAUGUGGACCUUUUUGCCGGUUAAACAGUUUUGUCUUGUCUUUUAAGACUGGUAUUAACUGGUAGGCCUAAUUGUCAUAACAAUCCUGAAAGCAUGGUAUGACCAAAUUAUCACAUAAGGAAUUGUUAUGUCAAAAUAGUCGGCAAAUAGUCGGCAAGAUAGUCAGGAAGAACACUACAGCCUCCAGCCUCUCACAAUGGUAUAUCGGUAAUAGUCUAUGGAUAUACACACAUGGGGCAUCUUUGAAGUACAAGCUAAGAGAUGACUAUUUAAGAGUUUAAAAGUGUGUAUUUAUUUAUUUGUUUGUUUUUUAUCAUUUAACAUUUACCAUUUAACAUAUUUGAAGACCCCAUCAUUCAGGAAACAGGAAAAUGAGCCCUCUUCCUUCACUGUUUUUCUUCAGCCUUUGUUUGCCUCUUUAUUUGUCAGUGCCUGAGCGCAACCUGAUCCAGUUCAGAGAGAUGAUCAAGUGCACUCUACCAAACAGCAACCCUCUGCUGGACUUUGGAGACUACGGCUGCUACUGUGGGCUUGGAGGAGGAGGCACACCGGUUGACGACCUGGACAGGUGCUGUGUGGUGCAUGACGACUGCUAUGGCCUUGCUCAGAACCACAGUGCCUGCCAGUCUACUUUGGACAGUCCCUACACAAACUUCUAUGACUUCACCUGCAAUGAGACCAGCAAGACAGUCUCAUGCUUGUCCAGCAAUGAUGAGUGUGACAUGUUCAUUUGUGACUGUGACAGAGUGGCGGCCGAAUGUUUCGCCGGUGCUCCCUACAAUGCAUCCAACAAUAACCUGCCCAGCGGGACCUGCAGCGCUGCACUGGGUCCACCCUUCCCAUCCGUCUCUGUCUGUCCCAUGACUGCCCUCGUCUUCCUCCUACUCACAGUACUACAGAGGAAUCUUUCAUAUUGACCACUGGAAAUGCAGUAGCCUAUGCUGUGUCUGUGAGGGGCAGAUAUGGACAUGGUCACUGCGCUGGUUAUUAGAAACCAUUGCCCUCAGGAGGAUCAUGAUGAAUAUGAUGUUCAUGUGAAGAAAAUGAUGUAGCCUAAUCAAUCCAACAGUGGUAAAGAAAAUUGACUGUAUGAGCAAACAGGAUGUAGAAUUGACAAGUUCUCAUUUUUUUCUGUAAUUCAUGUUUUGCAUGUAGCCCUGUAUUUAUUGAUUAUUGCUAUGUAGGUUAUGUAUUUAUUGUAAGUGUCUCUGGAUUACUUAUAACAGUUCUAGGAUAUUGCAAAUAUUUAUACUGUGGUAAAGCACUCACAGUAUUGUCAAGCAAGCACAAGGGAGCCAAAUAAAAAGUGUUUGUCGAUGUGGUAGAUGACAGAUGAUGAUAUCGUAAUGCAAAUUUAUAAAAUAAAUUGUUGAACCCUA